AUGUCUAAAUCUUUUUAUGUAGAUUCCUUAAUAAUCAAAGACUCAAGACCAGCUCCUAUACUACCUGAUCAGCACCACCACCACCACCACCACAGCCACCACCAUGGGCAAGACUUUUUUCUGCCAAUAAGCAAGCCAUCUCCAACAGUCAUGUCCUUUUCAUCACCAGUAUGCCCUUCUAGGAAAAGUGGCAGCUUUUGUGUGUGUCCUCUCUGUGUCACCUCUCACCUGCACUCUUCCAGAACCAGCAUCCCAUUGAUCAAGAGUCAGUUUACCAGUGGAGAUGCUCAGUAUUGUCAGAGAAUAAGUCAGCAAUCAACUGCAGCCUUGGUCCACCCUGCUCAUGCACCUGUGUGUAAUCCCACUUACAACGUUACGGACCCCAGGAGAUUUCACUGCCUAUCGAUGGCGGGUGUUGAAAAUGGACAAAUACAGAAUGGAAAAAGGAUGAGAACAGCUUUCACAAGCACUCAGCUACUUGAGCUGGAGAGGGAAUUCUCUUCAAACAUGUACCUGUCCAGGUUGCGAAGAAUCGAGAUAGCUACAUACUUGAACUUAUCAGAAAAACAAGUUAAGAUCUGGUUCCAGAACAGGAGGGUAAAACACAAGAAAGAACAUAAAGGUUCCCAGAGAAAUAGUCAUGGUGGCUGCAAGUGUACCAGCAGCCAGGGACACUACCCUAGGUCAGAGGAUGAGGACUCCCUAUCACCAGCGUCCACCAGUGAAGACAAAGAGAUAUCACCUUUAUAG